GAGAACACGCAGCGGCUCUGAAGAGUUAGCAAGAACCGGCCGAGAGAGUCCUGUGAUAGGUCUGAGGUGUCCCCAUCCUGCCUGCGUCCACGGCUCCGGGCUCUGCGACACUUUGGACCCCACGAGCGGCAGCAACGAUGCUUGGCCGACUCUGGGCGCUGGCGCUGCUGCUCCUGGUCCCGGGGCAAGGUCGGCAAGCUCAGGAGUGCUCUCCUGGGGGACACCGGUUUCUUCAGAGUCCUUACAGAAGUGUACAUUUUGACUCAAUGCACCUCCAGCAUUCUCCCUCUCAAGACCUGAUAUGUGACCAUUCUCUCUCUCCCGGAUGGUAUCGGUUUCUCAUCUUUGACAGACCUGCUGAGAUGCCAACCAAAUGUGUUGAGGUGAAUCACUGUGGAACACAGGCCCCCAUCUGGCUAUCUCUGAGAGAUUCAGAGACACUGCCUUCACCUGGAGAGAUCAAGCAACUGACAGCUUGUGCCACGUGGCAGUUUUCAUUUAGUGCUACAAAAGACUGCUGCUUUUUUCAAAUCCCAGUGUCUGUAAGAAACUGUGGAAACUUUUUUGUGUACUUACUACAGCCCACUCAGGGAUGUAUGGGAUAUUGUGCACAAGGUCAGCUGUCUGCCUCAUUGCCACCACCACCCCCAGAAAGGCCCAAAGUUGUGGUGGAGCUGAUUGGAUCCAGGCUUUUCUGUAGGUGUGCUUUUGAGGUUUCCUCUGCAAACACCUCAGUGGGAUUUCUCAUAACUUGGUCUAGGCUUUCUUCUCAAGAAGUGAAAGAAGAGCUGAAGCAAGAGACCACAGUUCAGGCAUCCUCUCUUUUAGAACUGGAUGGCAUAAAUCUCAGGCUCGGAGAUAGGAUAUUCUGUAGUGCUUCCGUCUUUUUAUUGGAGAAACCACAUGUACAAAGUUUAGCCAUCGAAAGCCAAGAAUUUUUUGCAGGCAUUAAGUUACACCCAGAGUUAAGCACUAUAUCAGAAGAUGGGAAAGAAUAUCAGUUGAAGAUAGCGAGCACAGUUCCUGUCAUUUGUUCUGAACCCAGUGAGCUUGGCCAGCAGUGCAAAAUCUCAUUAAAACUGAAAACUGUUGAUCAAGGUACAGAACAGCGAGGUUUAAAUUUGGCGCUGUCUUCCUGUCACGUGGACCUUCACUGGACAUCGUCCUGUGCUAACGGAUCAUGUAGCCAUGCUUUGGUUUACUACACUGCUGUGACAGAUUUUUCUCGAGAUGGAGACAGAGUGACAAACAUUGUAGUGGAACCUAUAGUACAUGAGGAUUUCCUGUGGAAUAGCUACAUUCCAGACAGCAUCCAGAUCAAAGUGAAGGAUGUCCCAACUGCUUACUGCUAUUCAUUUACUGACCCACAUAUAAUUACAUUUGAUGGCAGGGUAUAUGAUAAUUUCAAAACUGGAACAUUUGUGCUUUAUAAGAGUGUGUCACGUGACUUUGAAGUCCAUGUACGCCAGUGGGACUGUGGAAGCCUUCACUAUCCUGUGUCGUGUAACUGCGGGUUUGUUGCCAAAGAAGAAGGUGAUGUUGUUACUUUUGAUAUGUGCAGUGGUCAGCUACAUGGAUCACAGCCAUAUUUAUCUGUAAAGAGCCAAGAUGUAACCAGCAAUAUCAAGAUAAGUGAAUCCUACUUAGGAAGAAAAGUCACAGUUUGGUUUUCUUCUGGAGCAUUUAUCCGUGCUGAUCUUAGUGAAUGGGGCAUGAGUUUAACAAUCAGAGCCCCUAGCCUAGACUAUAGAAACACUUUGGGACUUUGUGGCACCUUUGAUGAAAACCCAGAAAAUGAUUUCCAUAAUAAAAAUGGGAUAAAAAUUGAUCUAACUUUUGAUAAUUGUGUUGCUUUUAUUAAUGAAUGGAGGAUUUUGCCAGGGAAAAGCAUGUUUGACACAAUGCCAGUUUCUCCGCCUUCACCUGGAAAACUGUCCUAUUGUAGCUGCUCAUCGGACACUAAUUCUUUAUAUCCUUCCAAUCGUCUGGACAGUGCUUCUCAACAAGAGAUUGUUUCAGGUUGCAGAGAUCUCAAACAUGUCAGAUUCUCUUUCUUGAUACCAGAACUAGAUGUCACCUCUGAGUAUAUUAGUUCAGAAGCUCUUAUCAGAGGGAUAAAUGAGUAUACAUCUGGAGAAGAAAAUAAUUCGAACUUCCUGCCUCAAGAAAAAAAUCAUGUGAACCUAACCAAACUGGAAUUACAUUUACAAAAACAUCCUGGAAAUGAAAAACAAGAGGCACCAAAAACUCUGGACAAUGGGAAACAUACAUGGGGCGAGGGUAGCCACAGCCAGGAAAUGAGGCGGGAUCCACAAAACAGAUGGAAACGGCAAAACUUUUAUGAGUUUCUUCCUAUGUUUGCUUUCCAAAGUCUUAGCCAAAGUGACCUAGAAGAACUUGCUUAUUUCUUCCCUGAGGACCAUAUUGAGGAUGUCCACCAGGAGUUUGUCCCUACAUGGCCCACACCCUCUGGUCUCACCGAACACGGCACUUUGUCGCUCUGCCAGCAGACUCUUGCCAACUCUAGCAUAGGAAGACACUGUCUCGCCUUUCUGGGCAAGAGCCUAGAUACUGCUAUAGAUAUGUGUGUUCAAGAUGUUCUUCUAAAAGAUGAUCUUAGCUGGGCAGAAGCCGGUGUGGCUCUUUUAGAAAAUGAAUGUGAAAAGAGAAUUUUGGAAGAGGGGAAACACAGCACAGAAGAAUACAGCAAGUCAGUUGAAGACAUUCUCGAGGUCCUCAAAUGCCCCAGUUUAUGCAGUGGCAAUGGGGAGUGUGUGGAAUGGGGAUGCGCAUGCUCCCCAGGCUUUAGUUCCUAUGACUGCAGUGAUUCACACGACAAGACUCCUGAAAUUAUAGAACUUGAGAAUGCUGGAUUCUGUAAUAUUCGAAAAUAUAAUUGUAUGACAGUGAGAGUGUUUGGUCAAGGCUUCAAAGAAUCACCUUCAAUUAAAUGUGAAGUUACUAAACUGCAGUAUAAUAACAGUAAAUGGGUCCUUGGAAAAGCUGUCUACACGAAUACUGUUUUUCAAAAUAGCAGAACCAUUGAUUGUCAGCUGCCCCCUGAUGUCCAACAGUCUGAUACCGUAAAUCUGAUGGGGGAGAAACCAAUUGCAAAGUGGCAAUUAAAGGUAUCUAAUGAUGGUUAUAAAUUCAGUAAUCCCAGAAUAAUGAUCAUAUAUGAUGGGGCUUGUCAAGUUUGUGGUCUCUAUGAGAAGGACUCAUGUACUAUAAAGGAAAAUGUUUGCAUUAUUGAUGGGCUCUGCUACAUUGAAGGAGAUAAAAAUCCUACCAGCCCUUGUUUGAUUUGUAGACCAAAAAUUUCAAAAUUUACUUGGUCAUUUUUAGAAAACAACCAACCCCCAGUGAUUCAAAUACCGCAAGACAAAUUGCAGACAUUUUUGGGGGAGAACUUUGUGUACCAGUUCACGGCCUUGGAUCCUGAAGGUUCUGACAUCCAUUUUACCUUGGACUCGGGUCCUGAGGGAGCAAAUGUUUCCUCUACAGGACUUCUCACAUGGAAAACAGAGUCCCAGACUCCACAGCAAUUCACUUUACUCUUUAACGACGACUGCAAUGCUGAAACGAGAGUCACAAUUAUGGUGACUGUGAAGUCUUGUGAUUGCUUGAAUGGUGGAUCAUGUGUGUCAGAUAGGAAGUUUCCUCCAGGAAGUGGAAUGUACCUGUGCAUCUGCUUGCCUGGCUUUGAGGGGGUUCUCUGUGAAGUGAACGUCACUGAGUGUCAAUCGAACCCCUGUGGCCUUGGCAGGUGUAUUAGUGGGUUUCCCAGUUAUUCUUGUGUAUGUCCACCUGAACUCAAAGGCAAAAAUUGCCAGGAAGAUGUUGAUGAGUGUGAAUCCAGGCCUUGCUUUCCAGGAGCAGAGUGUCUCAAUACCUUUGGCUCCUAUCAUUGUGGUGCAUGUCCAAAAGGAUUUUAUGGUGAUGGGAAAAUAUGUCAUGAUAUAAAAUUUCAGUCACUGUCAUCAGAUCAUUCAUCAUCCGGUGCAAGCUUUACCCACAGGCCUGCCUCUAUCAAAAAGUUCUUGAACACAACCAGUGACAUCUCGCACUUCUCAUUAAAAUCAGUUACAACUCAAAUGAAUAAUUCAAAAAACAUUAUUUCCCAUCAGCUACCAGGGUUUGAACAGGCGGAUCAUACUAUCAGUACAAAUCUCAGUCUGGAGGAAUUGGGAGUGUCGACGAAAAACCAUAUUUCUUUAAGCAUCAACCCAAAUGGUUCCCCUGGUGAAGUAAAGGAUGUUAAACAGAGCACUAUCCAGACAGAGGCUGGAGGGAAUAAUUCUCAAAUUAACAGGCCUGCCAAAGGUUACACGCAGUAUAAGGAUGGGUUUGCCUCAUCAGUUACUAGAGCCAUCACUAUUUUGCCAGAAAAGCCUGGAUGGACCAGAAUAUCAACUUGUGCUGACUCACCUUGUUUUCUUGGUGUUUCUUGUGUGCCAACCACAGAUGGUCACUUCCGGUGUGGACGCUGCCCCCUUGGAUAUUAUGGAGAUGGUAUCAAUUGUAGAGCCAUUUGUAGACACCCAUGUGGAAAAAGCAGGGCGUGUGUUGCCCCAAACAUAUGCAGGUGUAAACCGGGCUACACUGGUUCUAACUGCCAAACUGCUAUAUGUCAUCCUGAUUGCAGAAACCAUGGAAAAUGUAUUAAGCCUAACGUUUGUGAAUGUCCGCCAGGGCAUGGUGGAGCAACAUGUGAUGAAGAACACUGUAGUCCACCUUGUCAACAUGGCGGCACCUGCUUGGCUGGAAAUCUCUGCACUUGUCCUUAUGGUUUUAUAGGACCAAGGUGUGAAACAAUGGUUUGUAACAGGCACUGUGAAAAUGGAGGUGAAUGUCUUACACCAGAUACCUGCCAGUGCAAGCCUGGCUGGUAUGGACCUACUUGUGGUACAGCUUUGUGUGACCCCGUUUGCCUCAAUGGUGGUUCCUGUAAUAAGCCAAACACUUGCCUUUGUCCAAAUGGAUUCUUUGGUGCACAGUGUCAGAAUGCUCUCUGUCACCCUCCCUGUAAGAAUGGCGGACGCUGCAUGAGAAAUAACGUGUGCGCCUGUCGUGAGGGAUACACUGGUAGGAGAUGCCAAAAAAGUAUCUGUGAUCCAGCGUGCAUGAAUGGAGGAAAAUGCAUGGGACCAAAUAUUUGCUCUUGUCCUUCUGGUUGGAGAGGGAAACAAUGCAACAUAGCUAUCUGCAUUCAGAAAUGUAAAAAUGGUGGUGAGUGUAUUGCUCCCAGUAUAUGCCAUUGUCCUACCACAUGGGAAGGAGUGCAGUGUCAAAUACCAAUUUGCAAUCAAAAGUGUCUUCAUGGAGGCAGAUGUGUAUUUCCCAAUGUGUGCUCUUGUCGUGAUGGAUAUUCUGGAGUCAAAUGUGAAAAGAAAGUACAGGAAACAAACAAACAAACAAGUACCAUUUAUGAGCAUUCACAGAACCUUCCCUGACUCCUACCCACUCCUUUCCUGCUUCUUGGCCCUUCUUCCAGCAUCCUGAGACAAAACGCCAUUAAUAUCAAGUAUGUGAAUCACAAGCCUGUCAUAAGAAUGAAAUUUUUAUUCAGAAAAAGCUGAAGAUAAUUAUUUGAAGUUUAUUUGAACAUAAUUUUAAAAAUUAUUUUAAAGACUGAAGAAACUAAUAACACAUAGAAUGAUCUUACCUAUCAUUGUUAGAGAAAAGCAAAGAAGAAAUCCAGGUAAUCUGAAUGGACUUUGAAAUGUGAUUUGAUAUUUACUUAUUAAAAUGAUGUAUCUGAUAUUUAAGACAUUCACAUUAUCUAAUAAACUGAGUAUUUCCCAGUUCUUACUGUGAUGGUGUCUUUAUCAUCAGGGAUCAGUCAGCAUAACUGAAGCUAUUUGAUGUAUUCAGAUAUAAAGUGUUUAAUGCAGAAUUAUGAACUCUCGGGACUCUUGGAAGACCUGGGGGUGAAUGUGGGGAGAGAGGGAGAUAGAGGUCCCGAAAGCAGCUGCUGAAAGUCAGAGAGGUAGAUAUUGAAGAUGCUAGCCUAAAGCACCAAGCAGAUGCUUUUCAUCUUUCUUGGAGCUGCUGCAGUACUUGAGAAUCUUUAAAAAACUCCACCAACUUCUCAAGCAAAGCGGGUCAUUAUAAAAAAAAAAAAAAAAAAAUCUGUUGGAAGGC